CUACACUUUCAACUUUGUCGCAGAGUACUAUCCUCGCCCUAAUCCUCGUUAGCUUUUAGCUGCCUAAGCAUUUCCGCGUAGUAUCGCUCCUGGCAUAAUUCCUCGGGCGAAAAUGGCCUCGGCACUUCCACCCAUCAAUCGCAUGUUCAUAACUGCAGCUUGGUUAGAAUCUAUACUCUAUGGUGUCUGCGUGCUUUUUGGUAUAUGCAUGUACUCCCUACUUAAUCGGCACAAAACGCUGCAUUGGGUCAAUAUUCUUUCUUGCAUUUUCCACAUCUCAAUCGCAACAGCACACAACAUCCUCUCCCUUUUUCUCUCUCUGGAGGCCUUCACAAAUCCUUCUAUAUUAUCCGUCCCCGAUGGAACCAUCAUAUACUUGUACAGGGACACAACCUUGACGAAGGCGAUGGGGGCGUUGUUUCUUCUCAACGUGCUUGCUUUAAAUUUACUGCUGAUCUGGAGGCUUUAUGUGGUUUGGAAUUACAAGUGGAUGCUUGCUUUUGUCAUGCUAAUCCUGGAAGCUGCACAAUUCGCGACUGGUGCCGCAAACUUUGCCAUGCUGACAAGCAGUCACACCUUUUCAAGGGCCGCCGUAGCUUUGGCGAAAGCUAGUUGCGCGCUUGAUAUCUUUAUUACUAUCAGUAUCACGUCUGGAAUCGCAUAUCGUCUUUGGCGGGCGGCCCGAGAUAUAUCUGGUUUAACUGUUCACAAUUCCUACAAAUUUGCCAUAUAUACCGUCAUCGAGUCCGGCGCAAUCUACACCAGUAGCAUCAUAGUAACGUGCGCUCUGUACGAGUCCGCCAGCCAAGCUUUUGGCGUGGCAGUUAAUGUUUCUACCCAGAUUGCUACAUUGACCCCUCUGUUUCUCAUCGCCAGUAUUAGCUUUGGCCUGAUGCACAGAGAUAGUGCAUAUUCCGAGGCAUCAAACCCUACGGAGCCGACUUUCGCUCGACCAAUCCAAGUCACAAUCACCCAGGAGACCCGUAUCCAUCCUAUAGAUACUACGGAUUCUGAUACACGAUCUAAUGGGAAGAGCCAGAGUAUACUGGAAGAUCAAGGCAAUGUGUAGUGACAUUAGAUAGGAGCAUCGCACGGAUUCGAUUCCUUCUAUCGAGGGAGGGAGGGUAGACGUGCCGAUAUGCAGGGAUUUUGCAGUGGUUCAUGCUGCGCCUGCGCUGGGAAUUCAGCCAUACAAAUGUUGCCCUCCGGUUUUGACCGUCAUUCUACGCACGCUUUCCUAGACCGGGCAUCACUGCAUCGGUCCCACACUCUUUGUGCGAGUUCCGGAGGUUUGGCGGUGGCCGGAUCCAUGGAUCUACCGUGGCACGCUGAUCAGGACCUAGCUAUUUUGACGCAGCGUUGACGAGCCUUGACGCGGCAAC